AUGGCUGCUGUCGAAUCAAAGUUUGAUCCCAAGGACAUGGUGUUCCGUCACCUCGGCCCCACUGGUCUCAAGGUCUCUGUCUUCUCUCUUGGUGGUUGGUUGACCUACGGUGGUACCCAGAAGGGUGACGUCGUCAAGGAGUGUAUCCAGAAGGCCUUUGACCAUGGUUGCAACUUCUUCGACACUGCUGAGGUCUACGCCAAUGGCCAGUCUGAGAUCGAGAUGGGACGUGCCCUCAACGAGCUCGCCUACCCCAGAGACGAAUAUGUCAUCUCGACCAAGAUCUUCUUCGGUACUGGCCGCAAGGAGCCCAACACCCGUGGUCUUUCCAAGAAGCACGUCAUUGAGGGCUUGAAGAGCUCCCUCAAGAGACUGAACCACGACUACGUCGAUAUCGUCCUGGCCCACCGUCCCGACCACGCAACUCCCAUGAAGGAGAUUGUUGAGGGUUUCACCCAGGCCAUCCGCAACCUCAACCUGGCCUACUACUGGGGUACAUCCGAGUGGUCUGCCACUCAGAUUAUGGAAGCUACUCAGAUUGCUGAGAAGUACAACCUGAUUGCUCCCAUUGCUGAGCAGCCCCAGUACAAUGCAUUCCACAGAGAGCGUUUCGAGGUCGAGUACGCUCCUCUCUACAACCAGUACAAGUACGGUACUACCAUCUGGUCGCCUCUCGCUUCCGGUCUUUUGACCGGCAAGUACAACGACGGUAUCCCCGAGGACUCCCGCUUUGCCACUAACAAGGCAUUCUUCGAGAACACUGUCAAGCAGCUCAAGAGUCCUGAGGGCCAAGCCAAGAUCGAGAAGGUCAAGAAGCUCACCGCCAUCGCUGAGAAGCUCGGUGGUACCGUCACCCAGCUCAGUUUGGCAUGGGCAGCAAAGAACCCCAACGUCUCGACUGUCAUCCUUGGUGCUACCAAGGUCGAGCAAUUGGAGGACAACUUCGGCGCCUUGAAGUUGCUUGAGAAGUUGACUCCCGAGCUUAUGGAGGAGAUUGAGAAGAUUCUCGACAACAAGCCUUCGCCUCCCGCCACUUUCGGCCGCGACAGAUAG